CGAUGAAAGAAUCCCAGACCCACCCAAGAUUUUCAGAGAUGGUCGAGCAUGGUUUCCCCGGACCUCAUCGUUGAUCUCCAAGGUUGCUGCAAGAACUUCGGCUUCAGGAGCGUAAGAAGCACCAUCGCCCGGAUUCAUUUCCACCACCUCUUUCGCAACGGCUCGGUCAGGAUCCUUGUAAGGCUUGCAACCUUUGCUGGUGGUGUUUAGCUUUUGGAGAGUGACCGCAGCAUACUAAAUUUUUCACUAAGUUUACACUUACUACUUGAGGGGUGACUUUGUCAAUUAGGAUGUCCCUGCGUUCCAUGGCUGUGAGGUACUUUGCCGCAUCUUUAGAUGUUAGCGUGUGAAAGUUGAGUAGAGGCGCACCCGUAGAUGACGGCAAAGCGAGCAAGAGUCACUGCUGGAGUUGAUGGUGACUUGAGCUGAUCCGUCGCAACCUGGAGAUGGUGUGCUUAGGUAGGACAAUUCGCCACGCCUCCUUUUAACGGGACAGUGUGAACUCAUUUUCCAUACAAGAACGCGUAUUUUGUUUGUCUUCCCCGUGAAUGUUGGAAACUUCUUUCUCUGUGACGCUCUCUGUAAUGCGUUCCAAAUUUUCCAUUCAUCCAAUUUGCCUGUUCCAACUUCAGGUGUUUGUCCAAUUCUUCCUUCACUAUAUAUAGUUGGUUUCGGUUUCUUGAGCAGAAUAGACUCCACCGUUCUUGCAAUGGCGCAUUUGAUGUUGCUGGUUAUGGUGCUUAGUGCAUUGCAGUGGCCCCGAUCCUGCAAACCUGAGCACGUUUGUUCAAAAGCAUCUGGAGAUAAGUCAUUGCUGCUCUGUUUCAAGGAUACACUGGAUGAGCAAACACGAGCGGCACUAUCGAGCUGGAAUGAUUCAGGGCAUCCAAGUUCCUGGAGAGGAAUUGUCUGGAACAAGCGGAGCGAUCUUGUGCUCAAGCUGAACCUGACGGGUGCCGGUCUGAGCGGAAAGUUGUGGCCUGUUUGGUGUAGACUCCCUUCGCUUCAGUUUGCAGAUUUCUCCAACAACAAUCUCAGUGGACACCUCACCUUUGAUGGCUGUCAGUACAAUGCCUCCUCCCGUCUUCAGGUGCUCAAUCUGCUCAAUAAUUCUUUGUCUGGAAGCAUACCCCAAAGCAUUUCGACCAUCCGGGCGCUCAAGUACCUUAAUCUGGGGCAAAACAAUCUGACAGGCUCCAUUCCUCAAGGCCUUUGGAAUCUUGUCCAACUCCGGGAACUUUAUCUGGCAGACAACGCUUUGAGUGGCUCUAUACCGCCUGAGCUUGGCUAUCUCACAAAUCUUCAGCAUUUGAGUCUCGCAUCUAAUCAGCUCAGUGGCUCUAUACCGCCUGAGCUUGGCUAUCUCACAAAUCUUCAGCAUUUGAUUCUUGCAUCUAAUCAGCUCAGCGGUUCUAUCCCACCCGAGAUUUCCAACUGCACCCUCUUGCGCGAGAUGGCUCUUAUGAGGAACUUCCUCAGUGGUGAAAUAUCCAGCAGCAUAGGCAACCUGUCCAACCUCAGGAUUCUUGCCCUCACUGGAAACAAUCUCACAGGUAAUCUGCCUCCAAGCUUCAGUGGACUCACGUCACUGAAGAUGUUGGAUGUUGGCUACAACUCGCUUAGCGGUCCAUUUCCAGACGCAGUGAAGGACAUGGCCUCACUCAGGUAUCUCUCAGUGUCAACAAAUUGGAUGAAAGGUCCCAUACCUCCCUGGCUUGGAAACUUCACGAAUCUCAGGCACCUUAUUCUGUACCGAAACAGAUUCACUGGAAGCAUUCCUCCACAGCUGGGAAGUCUCAAUUAUCUGAAGUUUCCCACGAAACCUCAAUUUGAUCCCGACCUUAGCGGUGUGCAACUUCAAAACAAUCUAUCUCCUUCAGGUGGUGAUGCAGCGAAGAUACUUUCCUACUCUUAUGAAUUCUUCCCCACGGUGAUGGACCUGUGCGAGAACAAGCUAAGUGGAUCCAUACCACCCGAGCUUGGACAGCUGCAAAACCUUCAACACCUUUGGCUGUGUGACAACAUGCUGUCCGGCCCCAUUCCGUCCACUUUAGCGAAUGCAACUCGCCUCAUACUCCUCCAGCUCUACGAUAAUCAGCUCAGCGGUCAGAUUCCUCCCCAGCUCACCAGUUUGACAUCCCUGUCAUACUUCAAUGUCUCCAACAACAACCUUUCUGGACCGAUCCCGACGUCAGCACAAUUCAGCACAUUCAAUGACAUUUCAGCCUUUGCUGGAAACCCAGGAUUGUGUGGCCGUCUUCUGAACAAGCCAUGCACGGUUGGACCUGAAGAUUCAUCGUCACCGUCCAAGGAACAUGAGAAUGGCGAUUUUGUAGAUGGUAAAGCAUUUGCGGUCGGUGUAGCUGUUGGAUUAUGUGGCGGCUUCUGGGCUGUUAUGUCUCUUGUGUCAGAGUCGUUCGUGAUUUGGCUAACCAAGCGGAUCAGGUAUUAUUUGCAAACUGUCGGGUUGCUAAAGCAAAAAGAGGCUAUAUGACGUAUGAUUAUCAAUAUUAUGCUCUUUGUGGGGCAUUGUGGCAUUGUAAAACUUUGUAAAUAAUAUAUGAAUGAAUGAAUA